GGUCUGAUAGCCACACAAAAUCUAUUCUCCAGGGAUCCAAUAAUUGAAUUUCGUGGUGCUUACAUGAUGCUUGACGAAUACACAGAACAUUAUGACUUCAGGCGACACUACAACCCUUUCGCCCUAUUCUACAAGAAGGGGGACAAAUUGGCUAUCUGCGUAGACGCUAAGAAUUUUGGUAAUGAGGCUCGUUUCAUUCGGCGCUCUUGCGAGCCCAACUGCGAGGUAAGCAUUUUCCCAUGUAUAGCUCGUAAUACAUCUUGUUGA